GGGCCAGAACUAUGGCCGCCCACCCUUCUUGGAUGAUGGGUUCUGGUCUGCCACCCGCGCUUGCCGGCUGCACGAGGCAUGCAAACGGUACUUUGUGCCGGGGCGUGGUGGCGGAGGGUGGCGGAGUGUCUGCACAAGGCUCGUCAGUCAAGACUCAAGGAACAGUUCCAUGAAGAUUGGGGGCCAGCUCCUCCAACUCAUGCUUGGAUUGAUUAUAAUAAGACUUCCACUGUCCGUUUCUCGCUGGAACACCACGUUUCCGCGCGCUUUCUUCGCAUCCAGCGCAAAUCGAUCAUUCGGCCAUGGACCUGUCGAAGAUUCCCAUGUCGCAACCCCCUCCGGGGCAGGUGACUAAUUUCGUGGACCCGGUGUCCAUCUCUUGGGCCGGGAGGCUGUCGAUUUGGUUGACUCUGCCAAUCAUGGUCAUUGCCUUUGUGCUCCGGGCCUAUGUCCGUCUGAAGACAAAGCAACUCGGGACUGACGACUAUCUUCUGGUUCUUGGCGCUGUCGGUGCUGCUUCAUUCUGUGGAACUCUCAUUCCGGUUUUCCUGAAGGAUGUAUGGGGACGUCAUGCAUGGGAUAUCCCCGUCUCCUCGAUCGUGCCGUGGUUCUUCAAGUACUCGGUGACGGCGGGGUGCCUGUACAACAUCAGCGCCAUGUUCACCAAGGUUUCGAUUCUCACGUUCUACCUCCGCAUCUUCUCGCCCUCUCGCCGCGCCCGGGCCCUCAUCUGGAGUGGCAUCGCCUUUGUUGUGGUGGGAUACACCACGCUAACCAUCUGUAUGCUGGCCUGGAUGGUGCCCCAUCGGGGGGACGGGGGCUGGGGAUCGACGGCCAACACCUCGCGGAUGAACGUCGCCUCGCGCCAACUCGACUUCACGCAGGGCAUUUUCAGUGUGGUCUCCGACUUCUACGUCAUGAUCAUCCCCACAGGCAUCAUCUUCCGCCUGAAUAUGAAGAACAAGAAGAAGCUGGGUGUGGCGUGUAUUUUCCUGAUCGGUUUCAUAUCGCUUGGCUGCUCCAUUGCCGGUACCGUCCUCCGCUAUCAUGCCAUGGUCUUCACGGUGGAAGACAACCGGUGGCUGUCCGUAAAAUUUGAAGCACUGUGUGUGGUCGAGCUCAACAUCGGCAUCCUCUGCGCCUGUGUCCCGGUGUUCUUCGUCGUGUUGCGCACCUGGCUGCAGCGAACCGAGUCGGGGUUCGUGUACCUCAAACAACGGCUGACGUUGUCACGGGCGAGCAAAUCCACGGUGGCCCUGAGCGACCCGGCGCAUAAGCCGGGCAUCUCCCUCGACAUUCCGACCGGCACCUUGUCAGGGCUGAGGUCGAUGUUCCGCAGACCGAAGCCGAUCGACCCGGAAGAAGGCAAAAUGGGGAUCCAGGUUUCGCAUUAUUAUGAGCUCCAGUCGGUAGAUGUCGACUACCAUGCGCAUCUCCGGGGCGAUUCCGCCAGCGGGAGGGACCCAUCGCUGAGGGGCGGCGUCAAGGGGGGGGUUCCGGGGGGUGCUUAG